GCGCCGACUCCUUUGUGUUACACGAGUCCUGGGGUCCCCGCACCACUCCAGCCCCGGCACUCGGGCCCUCGUCCAUUCCCAGCCGGAGUCGGGUGUCCUGGGUAGCUUGAGGACACGGAGCUGGGCAGGUGCCGAGAGCACGCCGCCUCUCUCCCUCCUUCCCCUUCUUACCGCUCGGUUCCACCCGGUCAGGCCGAGCCACUCGGCCCCCGAAGCGAGGGGCCUCUGGGGCCUCCGAGCGGCCAACUGCUCCGCUUGCGCCCACGCCUUCUGCUCCGGUUGCUUUCCCCACCGAGCCGAAAAGCUGGGGACGUAUUGCCGGGGCCCUAGGAAGCGGGGCACUUGGGCACUGCGCCGGGAGUCCGCCGCUGCACCUUCCCGCCCACGGGCUGUCCAGUCACAGUCCCUGAAGCCCCAGCCUGCCAGACCGGAGCCCAUACUGACGUCAAGGGUAAAGGCGAUCAGACCUCAGCCCCUAGCAGGGCUUUCGAUGUGACACUGUGUGUCUUGAGCUGGGGAGUUUCUCCUGCCUUCCCUUGCUUACAGUUCUGCAACUAUCAAUAAACAGUUACGCCCCAUCGUGUGCCAAGAAGCAUCGGGAGUUAAGGGCUUGAAGUCAGCUGUGGAAGACUUGGAAGAGAGGUUGUUUGGAGUUCGUGUCUGAUUGAAUGUGUAUGUGUAGAAACUAACCCAGCACCUAGUGCAGUGCCUCGCAACCAGUAAUCCCUCAAUAAAAUUUCCCUGAAUGAAUGAGGCUCGCGGAGGCGGAAGCGCCGUGAAAGAAAUCCUGGGGACACCGGGUGCUGGCCCAGGACACCGGGUUCCCUAGGAGCCGCCCCAGGCUUAAUGAUUGUCCAGAAGGAGGCUAUAAAGGGAGCCGGGGAGGCUGGGUGGAGGAGGGAACAGAAAAAGCCUAACUCAGCAGACCUGGCACUGAGAGCCCGCCAGCCCCAGCCGUGGUCAGAGACUCUGUGUCCCAGCCAGUAGGGCCUGCUCCUUGCCACCAUGGCAGCCCGAGGCUACGGCUAUUACCGAACCGUGAUCUUCUCGGCCAUGUUUGGAGGCUACAGCCUGUACUACUUCAACCGCAAGACCUUCUCCUUUGUCAUGCCAUCGUUGGUGGAGGAGAUCCCUCUGGACAAAGAUGACUUGGGGCUCAUCACGAGCAGCCAGUCCGCUGCCUACGCCAUCAGCAAGUUUGUGAGCGGGGUGCUUUCUGACCAGAUGAGUGCUCGCUGGCUCUUCUCUUCUGGGCUCCUCCUGGUCGGCCUGGUCAACGUAGUCUUUUCCUGGAGCUCCACAGUGCCUGUCUUCGCUGCUCUCUGGUUCCUCAAUGGCCUGGCACAGGGGCUGGGCUGGCCCCCAUGUGGCAAGGUUCUGCGGAAGUGGUUUGAGCCAUCUCAGUUCGGCACUUGGUGGGCCAUCCUAUCAACCAGCAUGAACCUCGCUGGAGGGCUGGGCCCCAUCCUGGCAACCAUCCUUGCCCGGAGUUACAGCUGGCGCACCGCGCUGGCCCUGUCUGGGGCACUGUGUGUAGCCGUCUCUUUCCUCUGUCUCCUGCUCAUCCGCAAUGAACCUGCUGAUGUUGGCCUCCAAAACCUGGACCCCAUCCCCUCCAAGGGCAAGAAGGGCUCCUCGAAGGAGGAGAGUACCUUACAGGAGCUGCUGCUGACCCCUUACCUGUGGGUGCUCUCCACCGGCUACCUUGUGGUGUUUGGAGUAAAGACGUGCUGUACUGACUGGGGCCAGUUCUUCCUCAUCCAGGAGAGAGGACAGUCUGCCCUCGUGGGUAGCUCCUACAUGAGUGCCCUGGAGGUUGGGGGCCUUGUAGGCAGCAUCGCAGCUGGCUACCUGUCAGACCGGGCCAUGGCCAAGGCAGGGCUGUCCAUCUACGGGAAUCCCCGCCAUGGCCUGCUGCUGUUCAUGAUGGCUGGCAUGACGGCGUCCAUGUACCUCUUCCGGGCCACUGUGACCAGUGACUCCCCCAAGGAUAUUGCUUUCUGGACUCCGGCUCUUCACCCUCUUGCUGAGCUCACAGGCUUUACAGAGAACGAGCUCUGGAUCCUGGUGUUGGGAGCUGUGUUUGGUUUCUCCUCUUAUGGUCCCAUUGCCUUAUUUGGAGUUAUAGCCAAUGAGUGCGCCCCUCCCAACUUGUGUGGCACCUCCCAUGCCAUUGUGGGACUCAUGGCCAAUGUGGGCGGCUUUCUGGCUGGGUUGCCCUUCAGCACCAUUGCCAAACAUUACAGUUGGAGCACAGCCUUCUGGGUGGCUGAGGUGAUCUGUGCAGCCAGCACAGGUGCCUUCUUCCUUCUACGAAACAUCCGCACCAAGAUGGGCCGAGUGCCCAAGAAGGCUGAGUGAAGACAGCGCAGGCUCAGAGCAUCCUGUCCUACUUGGGGCCUUUCCCCUCCGUGAGGGUAGGGAGGAAAAGGAGGGAGGGGGCCGUCUUGACUAACACCUUUGACUUUCCCUUUCUGCUCCUUUUUCCUUAUCUACGUGGCACUAGAAGUUAUCAGUAGUUAAUGAGGUCCCAGCUCAUCUCAUCUCUAUUUAAAGGACAACCUUUGUUCUUGGACUCCAUUAGCUCCUAUUUCCUGCCUUCAAAUAGGAAGCCCUUGCACUUAGGGUGUCUCCUAUACCCUUCUCCCUCUCCUGAACCCCAUCCUAUCUCCAUCUCACCCUCCUCACCUGAGGUGAGGCAUCUCCUGCCUGCAGCGGCUGGGCAGCCAUGGCCCAAGACUUCUGCCAGAAGGCCUCAGCAGGGGGGCAACUGCUCCUGCCAAUACUCUAGGGCCAAAGGGUCACUCUCACCAAUACAAAGGGUACAAUAGGUGGGAGGGUAGAAAGAUUUGUUAUAGAGAAUUAAAACUAGAUUUGAUACUAA